AUGGGAGACAGCGGCUGUAACACGGGAGACAGCGGCUGUAACAUGGGAGACAGCGGCUGCAACAUGGGAGACAGCGGCUGCAACAUGGGAGACAGCGGCUGUAACAUGGGAGACAGCGGCUGCAACAUGGGAGACAGCGGCUGCAACAUGGGAGACAGCGGCUGCAACAUGGGAGACAGCGGCUGCAACAUGGGAGACAGCGGCUGCAACAUGGGAGACAGCGGCUGCAACACGGGAGACAGCGACUGUAACAUGGGAGACAGCGGCUGUAACAUGGGAGACAGCGGUUGUAACACGGGAGACAGCGGUUGUAACACGGGAGACAGCGGCUGUAACACGGGAGACAGCGGCUGUAACACGGGAGACAGCGGCUGCAACACGGGAGACAGCGGCUACAACACGGGAGACAGCAGCUGCAACACGGGAGACAGCGGCUACAACACGGGAGACAGCAGCUGCAACACGGGAGACAGCGGCUACAACACGGGAGACAGCAGCUGCAACACGGGAGACAGCGGCUGCAACACGGGAGACAGCGGCUGCAACAUGGGAGACAGCGGCUGCAACAUGGGAGACAGCGGCUGCAACACGGGAGACAGCGGCUGCAACACGGGAGACAGCAGCUGCAACACGGGAGACAGCGGCUGCAACACGGGAGACAGCGGCUGCAACAUGGGAGACAGCGGCUGCAACAUGGGAGACAGCGGCUGCAACACGGGAGACAGCGGCUGCAACAUGGGAGACAGCGGCUGCAACACGGGAGACAGCGGCUGCAACACGGGAGACAGCAGCUGCAACACGGGAGACAGCGGCUGCAACACGGGAGACAGCAGCUGUAACACGGGAGACAGCGGCUGUAACACGGGAGACAGCAGCUGCAACAUGGGAGACAGCAGCUGCAACAUGGGAGACAGCGGCUGCAACAUGGGAGACAGCGGCUGCAACACGGGAGACAGCGGCUGCAACACGGGAGACAGCGGCUGCAACAUGGGAGACAGCAGCUGCAACAUGGGAGACAGCGGCUGCAACAUGGGAGACAGCGGCUGCAACACGGGAGACAGCAGCUGCAACACGGGAGACAGCAGCUGUAACACGGGAGACAGCAGCUGCAACACGGGAGACAGCGGCUGCAACAUGGGAGACAGCGGCUGA